AGAAUUGUCUGUCCAGAAAACAGAACCUAAGAUAUUGAUAACAUACAAUGCCAUAUGAAGGUCACUGCAUAUGCGGACGUAUCCGCGUGCUGCUGGAACAGCAACCUCCAAGCUCACUCGUUUGCCACUGUCGCAAUUGUAGUAGAUCGGGAGGUGGCUCCUCUAUAAACUACGUCCUCCACAAGGAGGAAAUCGCAAUCCAAGACCCCCAGUCCAGUCUAAAAGUGUACGUAGAUACGAACACAGUUAGUGGAAAUCACAUCCAGCGCAAAUUCUGCUCAAACUGCGGCAGUCCGAUUAUAACAGAGACGCCCAGCUUUCCGGGGAAGGCUAUUGUGAAGGCUUCUUUGUUUGAUGUCAUCUCUCGGCCUGAUGAGGAGGUGUUCACAGAUCGACGACAGGCAUGGGAGGAGCCCGUUGAGGGGGCAAAGCAGGAAUAGCGUCUUGUUAGGUUAGCGCGGUGGUGUUAGGUGUAGUGCUGGGGUUGAU